GAGGGGGUCCUCAGCCCUCAAGGAGGCAGGUGGGGGGGGUCUUUAGCCUCCUGGGCAUAGGCGGGGGGGUCCUCAUCCCCUGGAUGCAGUCGAGCGGGGUUCCCGGCACCCCCGAACCCACCGGUGUAGGCCCCGCAGCGGAACGCGGCCGCGACACCUCCGUCCCCUCAGAGGGUCCCGACGACUCUGGGCGACGGGGCGGAGCUUCGCGCCUAGUCACGUCACGGCGGGGCGCUCGCGCCGGCCGCACGUGCGCGCCGCGCGCUGCGCCUGCGCGCACUUCCCCCCCCCCCCCAGUUGCCCGCCAAAGGGAGUGGCGCCGAUUGGCUGCGCGAUCCCCCGCCCCACGUGACAGGCGUCGCCACGGUAACCGGCUGGCGGCGGGGGGGGGGGGAGAGGCGGGCAACCAAUGGGCGGCGCCGCGUGACGAAAGGGGUGGGCGGGGCGAGGCGGCGGCGCGCGCGCUUUUCGGCCGUUGGGCGGCGGCCGUUAGGGGCCUAGCGAGUGCCGGAACCGCCCCCGCCCCGCCGGUACCGCCGCCAUGAGCGGGGCCGGGGCGGACCGGCCUUCUCCCGCCAAACUCCGCCGCCUGGAAACUGCCAGCGAGACGGAUCCCACCGUCGCCUCUACCCGCCGGGAAACGUCACCUCCCGCCGGAGGUCGCGGUGAGGGCGGCGGCGCGCGUGCGCCAGGAGCAGCGAGCGGGCAUGCGCAGUGCGCCGGCGCGCCGGCGCCCCCUGGCGGAGGCUUGGAAACUACUGCUUCCCUCAGGGGGGGCCUGAAGACCACCGUGGGGCCCAAAGGGCGCCUGGAAACCGACGUCACCCCCUGCUUGGAGCAGGGCAAGGGGGGUCUGGAGACCACCAGGGAGGUCACAGGGAGCCUGGAGACCACCGGGGAGGUCACAGGGAACCUGAAGACCACCAAUGGGCGCAAGGGGAGCCUGGAGACUGCCGUCACCUACUGCUUGGAGCAGGGCAAGGGGGGUCUGGAGACCACCAGGGAGGUCAUGGGGAGCCUGGAGACCACCGGGGAGAUCACAGGGAACCUGAAGACUACCAGCGUAGUCACAGGGAGCCUGAAGACCACCAAUGGGCGCAAGGGGAGCCUGGAGACUGCCGUCACCUGCUGCUUGGAGCAGGGCAAGGGGAGCCUGGAGACCACCAGCAAGGUCAUGGGGAGCCUGGAGACCAACGGGCACAAGGAGAGCCUGGAAACCACUGUCACCCGCUGCUUGGAGCAGGGCAAGGGGAGCCUGGAGACCACCAGGGAGGUCACAGGGAGCCUGAAGACCACCAGUGAGGUCACGGGGAGCCUGAAGACCACCAACAGGCGCAAGGGGAGCCUGGAGACCGCCGUCACCCGCUGCUUGGAGCAGGGGAGAAGGAGCAAGGGGGGCCUGGAGACUGCCACCGAGCUCAAGGAGUGUCUGGAGACCGCCACCAUCACCUGCUCACAGCAAAGCCGAGGUGAGAAAAGGGUCCCAGAGCCCAAAGGGGGUCCAGCCCCCUGUGUACGGCAGAAAGGCCACAGCCCGGAGGAGUGUGCAGUGAUUUCUCUGGGUGAGGAUGAGGAGGAAGAGGAGGAGGAGGAAGGCCCCAGGCGGUACCUGGCGGCCCUGGAGGCCGUGCAGCUGGAGCUGGAGGCCGUGGAGGAGCAGGCGGCUCGCGCCUUCCGCCGCCUCCGCGCUAAAUUUUGGCUCCGCCGGCGGCCGCACCUGCAGCGCCGCAACCGCCUCAUCCAGCACAUCCCCGGCUUCUGGGUCACUGCCUUCCUGAACCACCCCCAGCUCUCGGCCAUGAUCAGCGACCGCGAUGAGGAUGCCCUCAGCUACAUGACGAGCUUACAGGUGGAGGAAUUUGGCCAAGCCCGACCUGGGUGCAGGAUCCGGUUCUUCUUCAGCGUCAAUCCCUACUUCCAGAACGAUGUUGUGGCCAAGGAAUUCGUGCGCGGUCCCUCCGGUCACCUGGUGUCCCAUUCAACCCCCAUCCGAUGGUGGCAGGGGCAGGACCCCCGUUCUCGUCCCCACAAGGGUCCACCGGCCCCCCGCAGCUUUUUCGCUUGGUUUGGGGACCACAGCUUCCCUGCGGGAGAUCGUAUUGCUGAGAUCAUCAAGGAGGAACUAUGGCCAAACCCGCUGCAGUUCUACUUGUUGGGCGAGGGCGCCGAGGGGAUCCCUGAAAGUGAGAGCGGGGAGGACUGUGUGGUGAUCGUAGAUGAUGAUGAGGACGUGCAGGAGAUCCUCGACGACGGGGACGGCAGUGGCGUGGAAGAGGUCCUGCCUGAGGAGCCCCCCAGCCCCCCAGCUGGACGGACGAACCCCAAUGGGGGCAGAGACUAAUUGCGGGGUGGGGGCUGGGGCGUGCUCCAGCCCCCCCCUCCCCCUCAAGGCAUUGCGGGUAACGAGGGGCUGGGGGGGCCCCCAACACAGCUCAGGGUGUUUGUUGGCCUUGAAACCCCCCCCAACCCGAGGCCCCCCCUCCAGGAACCCCCCAUGGCGGGGGAGGUGUCCCCAGUCUCCCCAACUCCUUGGGGUUCCCUCUCCCAAAUCUUCCCCCCUCCCCACAGAGAGAGAGAAAUACAACUAAUUUAGGACCAUUUUUGUACAUUUUGGGUCAAAAUCUUGUAAAAUUGCCAUUUUAUAUCUAAAAAUAUAUUAUAAUAAAGAUUUAACGGGGUA